GCCAAGUCCCGGGCCGCUAGGGAGCGGCGCUGCCCCAGGGCCGAGGGUGGAGCUUUCCCAGUCGGCCGGGAAAGGGCUGGGCCCGGCCUACAUGUGAGGGCAGGAGAGAGCGACGGCGGACUCUUUCCUGCGGAGUCCGGGUGGCGGACACGGCCAGACCGAUUCCCGGGACUCCGAGCGGCGGAUCACUGGAUGCCCCAGAUUCUCGGGACCCAAUCCCCACUUCAGAUCUUCAGGACCUUUGGUCGGAGCCUGGCUUUGGCCCUGGGCUCCAGAUUCCCGGAACAGGGCCUCUGACCGACUCUGGGUUUCCAGAUUUCGUAGGAGAUUCCCAAUCCUGAGAUCCCUGGAGCCGUAGCCACUGGCUCUUGCCCCGCCCCGGGUGCCCAGAGCCGGGCGCCUGACACCGGAGCGCCCCCGCAUGGCAGGGCCGUGCCAGCGGUCUGGAGCCCUGGAGCGCGCCGGCAGCUGCUGGCAGGACCCGCUCGCCGAGGCGCUGAGCCGGGGCCGGCCCCCCACCGCGCCCGCCGGCCGGGGCUGCGCGCGAAGCCGGCCGCUCAGCGUGGUUUAUGUGCUGACCCGGGAGCCGCAGCCCGGGGUGGAGCCCGAGGCUGGAGCCGAGGCGGAGCCGCUGCCCCUGCGCUGCCUGCGCGAGGCCUGCGCGCAGCUCCCCGGGCCGCGACCGCGACCUCAGCUGCGCAGCCUACCCUUCGGGACGCUGGCGUUGGGAGACACCGCGGCGCUGGAUUCCUUCUACAACGCGGAUGUGGUGGUGCUGGAGGUGAGCAGCUCCCUGACACAGCCCUCCCUGUUCUACCACCUCGGCGUGCGUGAGAGCUUCAGCAUGACCAACAACGUGCUCCUCUGCUCCCAGGCUGACCUCCCUGACCUGCAGGCCCUUCGGGAGGAUGUUUUCCAGAAGAACUCGGAUUGUGUUGGCAGCUACACACUGAUCCCCUAUGUGGUGACAGCCACGGGUCGGGUGCUGUGCGGUGAUGCAGGCCUCCUGAGGGGACUGGCUGAUGGGCUGGUACAGGCCGGGGUGGGCACGGAGGCCCUGCUAACACCCCUGGUGGGCCGGCUCGCCCGCCUGCUGGAGGCCACGCCCACGGACUCUUGUGGCUACUUCCGGGAGACCAUUCGGCAGGACAUCCGGCGGGCCCGGGAGCGGUUCUGCGGGCAGCAGCUGCGGCAGGAGCUGGCUCGCCUGCAGCGGAGACUGGACAGCGUGGAGCUGCUGAGCCCCGACAUCAUCAUGAACCUGCUGCUCUCCUACCGCGAUGUGCAGGACUACUCAGCCAUCAUCGAGUUGGUGGAGACGCUGAAGGCCUUGCCCACCUGUGACGUGGCCCAGCAGCACAACGUCUGCUUCCACUACACGUUCGCCCUCAACCGGAGGAACAGGCCUGGGGACCGGGAGAAGGCCCUGGCUGUGCUUCUGCCGCUGGUACAGUGUGAGGGCUCCGUGGCACCUGACCUGUACUGCAUGUGCGGCCGUGUCUACAAGGACAUGUUCUUCAGCUCUGGCUUCCAGGACGCUGGGCACCGGGAGCAAGCCUAUCACUGGUAUCGAAAGGCCUUUGAUGUGGAGCCCAGCCUCCACUCGGGCAUCAACGCAGCUGUGCUGCUCAUCGCUGCUGGGCAGCGCUUUGAGGACUCUGAGGAGCUCCAGCUCAUAGGCAUGAAGCUGGGCUGCCUGCUGGCCCGAAAAGGCUGUGUGGAAAAGAUGCAGUAUUACUGGGAUGUAGGCUUCUACCUGGGAGCUCAGAUCCUCGCCAAUGACCUCGCCCAGGUGGCGCUGGCUGCAGAGCAGCUGUACAAGCUCAAUGCUCCCAUAUGGUACCUGGUGUCCAUGAUGGAAACCUUCCUGCUGUACCAACACUUCAGACCCACGCUAGAGCCUCUUGAAGGACCCCCGCACCGUGCCCACUUUUGGCUCCGCUUUUUGCUACAGUCCUGUCAGCCACUCAAGACGGCUUGUCCCCAAGGGGACCAGUGCUUGGUGCUGGUCCUGGAGAUGAACAAGGUGCUGCUGCCUGCGAGGCUCGAGAUUCAGGGUACUGACCCGGUGAGCUCAGUGACCCUGAGCCUGCUGGAGCCCGAAACCGAGGACAUUCCAUCCAGCUGGACCUUCCCAGUGGCCUCCAUCUGCGGGGUCAGCACCUCGAAGAGGGACGAGCGCUGCUGCUUCCUCUACGCGCUCCCACCGGCUCAGGACGUGCAGCUGUGCUUCCCCAGCGUAGGGCACUGCCAGUGGUUCUGCAGCCUGAUCCAAGCCUUGGUGACGAAUCCGGAUUCCACGGUGCCCACAGAGGAGGUGGAGGGCGUGGGGGAGGUGCUGGAGUUCGAUUACGAGUACACGGAGACCGGCGAGCGGCUGGUGCUGGGCAAGGGCACCUACGGGGCGGUGUACGCGGGCCGCGAGCGGCACACACGGGUGCGCAUAGCCAUUAAGGAGAUCCCGGAGCGGGACAGCAGGUUCUCUCAACCCCUGCAUGAAGAGAUCGCGCUGCACAAACGCCUUCGCCACAAGAACAUUGUGCGCUAUCUGGGCUCCGCCAGCCAGGGCGGCUACCUCAAGAUCUUCAUGGAGGAAGUGCCCGGAGGCAGCCUGUCCUCCUUGCUGCGGUCAGUGUGGGGACCCCUGCAGGACAAUGAGAGCACCAUCAGUUUCUACACCCGCCAGAUCCUGCAGGGACUCAGCUACCUGCAUGACAACCGCAUUGUGCACCGAGACAUCAAGGGGGACAAUGUACUGAUCAACACCUUCAGUGGGCUGCUCAAGAUUUCUGAUUUCGGCACGUCCAAGAGGCUGGCAGGCAUCACACCCUGCACUGAGACCUUCACAGGGACCCUACAGUAUAUGGCCCCAGAAAUCAUUGACCAGGGCCCACGAGGGUAUGGGAAGGCAGCUGACAUCUGGUCACUGGGCUGCACUGUGAUCGAGAUGGCCACAGGUCGCCCACCCUUCCAUGAGCUAGGGAGCCCGCAAGCCGCCAUGUUUCAGGUGGGCAUGUACAAGGUGCAUCCGCCAAUGCCCACUUCUCUGUCAGCGGAGGCCCAAACCUUCCUUCUCCGAACUUUUGAGCCAGACCCCCGUCUCCGAGCCAGUGCUCAGGCACUGCUGGGGGACCCCUUCCUGCAGCCUGGGAAGAGGAGCCGCAGCCCUGGCUCCCCCAGACCCGCACCGCGGCCCUCAGACGCCCCUUCAGCCAGCCCCACUCCUUCGGCCGACUCGACCACCCAGUCGCAGACAUUCCCGUGCCCGCAGGCACCCUUUCAGCAUCCACCCAGUCCGCCCAAGCGCUGCCUCAGUUAUGGAGACACCAGCCAGCUCCGGGUGCCUGAGGAACCCGGGGCGGAGGAGCCCACCUCCCCCGAGGAGAGUUCUGGGCUGAGCCUGCUGCACCAGGAGAGCAAGCGCAGGGCCAUGCUGGCCUCGGUGCUGGAGCAGGAGCUGCCCACGCUGGCGGAGAAUCUGCGCCUGAAGCAGGAACAGGGUCCCCGUCUGGGUAGGAAUCAUGUGGAACAGCUGCUGCGCUGCCUCGCCGCGCACAUCCACACGCCCAACCGUCGGCAGCUGGCCCAGGAGCUGCGGGCGCUGCAAGGGCAGCUGCGGGCCCAAGGCCUCGGGCCGGCGCUUCUGCAUGGACCGCUCUUCGCCUUCCCGGAUGCGGUGAAGCAGAUCCUCCGCAGGCGCCAUAUCCGCCCACACUGGAUGUUCGUACUGGACUCGCUGCUCAGCCGAGCUGUACGGGUAGCCCUGGCUGUCUUGGGCCCAGGCGGGCCGAAUGGAGCUGGUCGGCGGGCCAGCGAGGAGGUGGAGACGGAGGCGGUCCCACCGAGGUCAGAGGAGUCAAGUAAAGAAGAGGAACCCCAGUCCAAGCAGCAGGAAACCUUGGUCCAGUUGAGCCGGCUCCCUGGGGAACCAGAGCAGGGAUCCCCGCCCCUGAUGGUGCAGCUGAGCCUCUUGAGAGCAGAAACUGACAGGCUUCGAGAUGUCCUGGCUGAGAAGGAGCGGGAGUGCCAGGCCCUGGUGCACCAAGCUCUACAGCAGGUCAGCGGGAAGACAGGGAUCUUUGCCCUGGCCUCCGAGCCCCCAGCUGCUCUCACAGUGGAUCAGGGCCUGGUGCAGUGGCUACAGGAACUGAAUGUGGAUUCAGGCACCAUCCAGAUGCUGCUGAACCACAGUUUCACCCUCCAUACCCUAUUGACCUGUGCCACUCGAGAUGACCUCAUCUACACCCGCAUCAGGGGAGGGAUGGUAUGCCGCAUCUGGAGAGCCAUCUUGGCACAGCGAGCAAGAUCCACGCCGGUUACCCCUGGCCCCCAAGAGGCUGAAUGA